AUCAACAGAGAGAAAAAGAAUCUCAUUAAAAUUUAAGUUGGGUUCAUUGUUCAUCCCACACGUCCCCCAAAAUGUUUGCCCGUGUGUUGAUAUGCGUGGCACAGCUGAUUGCUCAGGCCUAUUCCUAUGGUUACCAGCCACCCGCCCAGCCGAAUUACUACCCACAACCUGCCCAGCCUCAUUACAAUCAACCUAUUUAUCAGCAGCCGAGUUACACGACUGCCAAACCAUACUACACCACAACAGCCAAACCGUACUACACCACAACAGCCGAACCUUAUUAUCCGACGACAACUUAUCCGACGACGCCUUACUACACCACGACCUACCCCACGACUUCGUACUACACGACGAGCAGACCGACGUACGAAAAGGCAACAACUAGUUACUACCAACAACCAACUUACUACACAACGACCAAAGCCUACUACGUGCAACCAUCCUACACUCCUGCUUACUACCCCGACAACUACGAUGCUAAAGAAAACGGGUGGUACAACUAUGCUUUCAAGUUCAACGUUAACGAUUAUGGUAACGAGCAAUCGAGAAGCGAAACUCACGAGAAUUCCGUUACCCGCGGACAGUACACCGUGAGCUUACCUGACGGACGUAAGCAAAUUGUCAACUACGAAGCGGACCAGAACGGUUAUCGAGCUGAAGUGUCUUACGAGCCUGCAGGUAGCAAUCAAUACAGCGACAUGGAAAAUUAUUACAGUACAUCAAAAUACGGCUCGUCUCAAUAUGAUUAUCAAACGACGCCGGCCUACAUCAACUAUUGAUUUUUUUCUUUC